GUUCCAGCAACAUUUUCUAUUUCUGAAACAACUCGGCAGGUAACAAAUUCAGGAUUUAUGUCAAGACUUUUUAUUCAAAUUCAAGAAUAUCUCGGAUUCAGUUAUGAAUUAAAUACUGCUCCUUAUGCUGAAAGAAAUAACCUUCUGAAAAAUAAUACGGUGGACAUUGCAGUGCCUGUUGGGCAGAGAUUUGAAAGACUUCAAUAUAUGGAUUUCUCUCAAUGUUACGUAAUUGACAGGGUUCUCUUUUUUAUUAGAAAACCUUUAGAAUUGUCGAAAAUUACUGCGAUACUUCGUCCAUUUUUCUUUCAAGUCUGGAUAGCAAUUUUCGUUGCAUUUAUAAUUUGCUUAAUUACAUUUUCCCUGCUUUUUUGGAUGGAUUCUAAAUUACAAGAUAGAAGAAAAUUAACAAUCUAUAACGUAGCUUGGGCGCUUUUUGGAUCAUUUGCACAAAAAGGAAGUGACGUAUUUGUACCUUCCGGUCAGAGUUGCAGAAUUCUUGUCACCGGAUGGGUUCUAGCAUUAUAUGUCAUUACUGCCAGUUAUGCUGGUGCAUUAAUGUCUUUCAUUACGUUUCCUGGUUUUGAACCUGUUCCCCGAACUUAUUCCGAAUUACUAAAAAUGGCCGAUAAUGGUGACUAUGUUGUAGGAGUAGGAUACAAUGAAAUAAUUUUUAAGUUUAUUGAAAGCGCUACAGGUAGCGACGCUUUACGUUGGAAGCGAUUACUUAAAUCAAACAAACUUGAAAAUGUUGCGUUCAACAAACACGUAAUACCUCGUGUAAUGAACGAGAAAUUUGCAUAUAUAUUCUACGAAGCGCCUAUUGAAAUGCUCCUCAGCCGUUACGGUUCAGAAAAUUUUCUAAUUUCUAAAGAUGGAUUAUUUACUAUCAACAUAGGAUUUGGUAUGUCGAAAAGCUUUCCUUACAAGAGAGAAUUAAAUAAAGCGUAA